AUGUUGCACAACAUCUGCCGUUGGGCAUCGUGCCAAUUCUCUCCGUACCUACUUCGGGCGUGCCAAAGGCAUCCCCGUGAGCUUGUGAUGCUCGCGGGCAAUGGCAUGGUGGCGAACGUUAGCCACGGCAUGUUCGAACAGUUCAUGGGCGUUGACUGCAGAUGGGGUGUUCGCUGCAUUUUUUCCCCCACGACGCGCGGGGACUGGUUUGUGCAAGCCGCCGUGUCGCCGGAACUGGGCUACGGUGGGGCGUUCGUUCAAGAAUAUGCCAAGGAGGCUUCAGACCCUGGGAGAUUCCUUGUCUGA